UUUUAUCAUCACUGUGGCAAAUUCGGACAACAGUGGAUCAUGUAGAUAUAUUUGACAAGAAGAAACCACUUAGAAUAACAAAAAAAACCAACAUAGAUGUAACUUUUUCAGCCACAAUGAAGAUCAAUUCAUUGCUCUAUUGCCUUUUAUAUGGUAAGUGACUUUACAAUUUUACCAGUUUAAGCCAUUUAAAUGCUAAUUUCAGUGCAUUUAAUUCUGCAUUCAGUGCUUUCAAUUUUAGCAGGUACGCUAACAGAUGGAACCAUAAUCAACAUAGAGGAAUUCGAAGGGAGAAGUGUCUCCUUUCAGUGCUCACACACACUUGCAUGGAGCAACAACAAGUAUUUCUGCAAAGAUCCAUGUACAAGCACAGGAGACGUACUACUUACUGUAGAACCUGGCAGAAGAGCAGAGUCAGGGAGGAUUGCUCUGGUGGACUCUGGGGAUGGAUCCUUCACUGUGACCUUCAGUCAUCUUCAGCUUUCAGACUCACAGAAAUACUGGUGUGGAGUGGGCAGGCCUGGUUUCGACACAUAUGUUGAGGUACACCUAACAGUAAAGAAAGCUGUUAAAAUUGUGACAACAGUCGUACCUGAUGUGUCUUCCACAUGGACAUAUCGGAAUACCAACACAACACAUUUAACAACAGGAAUAGACACCACAGAGCCUACUAAACUCUCAACAGCCUUAAACUUCACAGCGGAAGAAGGACCUAACAUCAACACAGGCACCAUCGUGUAUGCUACUGUUGGUGGUGUUGGUCUGAUCGCUAUCGUGCUUCUGGCAGUAUGCUGCAGGAAGUCCAGAAAAACCUCAAAAAUUAAACAACACGUGUACUGCAACAGUGCAGACUUCACCAAUGCAAACGAAAGAAAGGUCAGCUGUGGUUAUGAUGACACUGAGAAGAGGACAAAGUGUAGGAAAAAGUCACCUAAGAGUUCUUAUGUACCUACUCACCAACAAAGACAGGAUCUACCAACAUCUGAUCCCCCAGCAAGUGUACACCUUCAUAUCUAUGAAAACAUCUCUUCCCCCAAACUUCCUGAAUGUUCAGGAUAUUCACCCACAGGGGAACAAAAUGACUAUGAUAAUAACUCUGGAAUCUACAUUAAUACUUUGCCAAACUUAAUGCAUGAAAGAACAGAUCAUGGUACUUGUAGAAAACACAAAGGUAAACAUAAGACAUGCAAAAAUACAGAGAGUUGCACAAACAGUGUCUCCAGAGCCCCUUGUGGAUCCACUGAAGAGAAGCCCAGAUCACUUUGGUUUGGUUUAGAUUUAUCAGAAAUAAAGGAGAGUUAACCUUAAAGAUAUGAUUUUUUAAUGGACAUUCAUGGACAAGUCCAUAAAUAAUAUAUGAGCAACGCUCAUUGUCAUCAUUAUUUAACUUGUACACUAAGUUGUACUGUUAAUAUUUCCAUUUCAUGUCUCUGGCUUCAUGUGUUUGUGUAAAUUCAACUUCUGUUGCAUUUAAGGACACGUUUAAAAGCUUCUCUGCUCAGAGUUAAAAGCGUAAAAUGUUACUUCAUGAGGUUAAUACUUCUGGUUAAGUUCAGGGGAAGCAUUAGUAAAGCAUUGUGUCACUUUGUGCCUAUGUUCAUGAGCAUGUGCUGUUGUGGUUAAUGUCAGCAUGUAAAUACCGAACAGUCUGUGUCUUCACAGUUAAUGAAAACUUGUGAAAAUGAGAGUGAAUUAUGUCUUUACGAUAAACUGUGUAUACAAUUCAUUAUGCUAAAGACUUGGUUUUUGCUUCCUCCUAGUAGUUAUUUUAAUAGAGACGCCAUAGCUGACACCACUGCACACUGAUAUGAGUAACCCAAAUUAUACUUAUUACUAUCAACUUGUGAAACAAUAUAACAUCACAGUGAUGUGUAGUUCACAAUGAAGAUCUAUUCUAUUCUAUUCAAGUGUUCAUGUAAUAAAUGAAUGAUAUGUAGCUUACAUACAUAUCAUAUAUGUAUGUAAGCUACAUGUACUGGUUUGUUCUGUUUUUUGUUUUUUUUUAAUUCAUCCUAAUGAUAGAAUCCUUUGACUGAAAUUAAGUGUGUAUACACACUGAAGUCAAUGUCCUCUCACUUUUCCUGAGUUGAUAUCUGAUGCCCACAGCAUCUGCUGGAUCUUGGAGCAGUCCCCCAGUUCAUCUGAAACAUCACUUCUCUCUUUAAGACCACCCUGUAAGCUAGUGGUUCUCAAACUGUGGGGCAGGACUCCAUUAGUGAGACAUGGUGCUACUGCAGGUGGGGCCCAAAAAAUGGAGUGAAACAAAAUCCAGUAAAUACGAUGUUUGUUUGCAGAAUAAACAAAAGUUUACUGAUGCACUUAAGCGUGGAUUACACUCUGUUGUGUACGAGGACACAGGCAGCUGCAGACAUGA